AUGGUAAAAAACGAAGGCAUCCUUCUCUCCCUCUCCGUGACCUUGUUUGCGGCACCGUUGGCUCUGACCGGGGAGCUGCGGCUAGCAAAAUCCGGAGACGUACAGGGUGCAUUUUCGAGUGCUUCCUGUACUUCCUCUUGGUCUGAUCCUGCUCAGCAGCCUGCCCCUGGGGCGGGAGAAGGGGGUGAAGGGGCUGGAGGCGCCCCGGGGCAACCUCCAAACCUGACCAGCAAUCGCCGUCUGCAACAGACUCAAGCCCAAGUAGAAGAAGUGGUGGAUAUCAUGCGUGUGAAUGUGGACAAAGUCUUGGAGCGAGAUCAGAAGCUAUCGGAACUCGACGAGCGAGCAGAUGCCCUCCAAGCCGGGGCCCAAGUGUUCGAAAGUAGUGCAGCAGCUCUCAAGAGGAAGUACUGGUGGAAGAAUUGUAAGAUGAUGAUCAUGCUGGGAGUGAUCUGUGCUAUUGUGGUGAUCGCGAUUGCACUCUAUUUUUUUACCUGAUAAUGUGGUUCCCCCCCUUCCC